AUGCACACAUUUUCCACAUUACCCGUCGAAAUUGUCUAUCGAAUUAUGGAUCAUCAAAAUGAGCAGACGCUAUUUUGUUCAAUGCAAAACGUUUGUCGAAGGCUUAAUCAGAUCCUGAGCACUUACGAGCGAUAUCGAACACUCACCACACUAAACCUCAUGUGGGUCAGAAUCAGUGAUAAAGAAGCACAAUACAUUGCGGAUGCGUUGCGAACAAACACGACACUCACCACACUAUAUCUAGGCUAUAACAAAAUCGGUGCUAAAGGAGCACAACACAUUGCGGAUCCGUUGCGAACAAACACGACACUCACCACACUAUAUCUAGGCCAUAACAAAAUCGGUGCUGAAGGAGCACAAUACAUUGCGGAUGCAUUGCGAACGAACACGACACUCACCACACUAAACCUAGUCGACAACGGAAUCGGUGAUGAAGGAGCACAACACAUUGCGGAUGCGUCGCGAACGAACACAACACUCACCACACUAAACCUGUUCGGCAACGGAAUCGGCGCUGAAGGAGCACAACACAUUUCGGAUGUGUUGCGAACGAACACAGUAACACUCACCACACUAAACCUGUUCGGCAACGAAAUCGGUGAUGAAGGAGCACAACUCAUUGUGGACGCGUUGCGUCGGAAUGUAGAAAGACUGAUGCUUUGCUAG